AUGGCGACUUUAGCAUCAACCAAUCCAAAGCAGCUUUUUACAUGCCUCGCUUGCCAAAUAGCCUUUUAUUCCGCCGAGUUACAAAGAGAUCAUUAUGCAACGGAUUGGCAUAGAUAUAAUCUUAAACGCAAAGUUGCCGAACUGCCUCCUAUCACUUCGGAGGUUUUCGCUCAAAAGCUAAUUGAUCAGCAAGCCCAGAGCCAGUCUGACGCAGACAAAGCUAGUUUUAGGGCUGAAUGCUAUGUUUGCAAUAAAACUUACUAUUCUGAAAAUGCUUAUGCAAAUCACCUUCAGUCCAACAAGCAUAAAUCGGCAGAGACGAAAGGCAUUAAUCAAGUGAAAAAAUAUACCAUCAAUAAUAAUCGGUCUGAACAUAAAUCAUCCGAUGAAAUUACAGAAAUAUCUGCGGAUAUGGAACAACUGUCCGUAAUUGACCAAAAAAUUGCCAAUGCAAUUAAACUUAAAGAGGAGGAUUGUCUUUUCUGUACGGAAAAAUCUGCAUCAUUUGAUGAGAAUAUGGAUCAUAUGACAAAAGUCCACAGUUUGUUUAUUCCUGAAAUCGAAUACUUGACCGAUUUACGUGGUUUUAUAAAGUAUCUCGGAGAGAAGAUUACGGUUGGCAAUAUAUGUCUAUAUUGUAACGGGCGAGGGAAGGGUUGGAAGAGUCUGGAGGCUGUAAGAAAGCAUAUGUUGGAUAAGGGACAUUGCUCCAUUGCUUAUGAUAGGGAUGAAGAUAUAAUGGAGAUUUCAGACUAUUACGAUUUUACUUCAAGCUAUUCUGAUGAUCACUCGAAAGCCUACAUUGAUAACUCUGAACUCGUCCUCCCAUCAGGGGCUCGCAUUGGUCAUCGUUCUCUGCGGCUUUAUUACAAUCAAAAUUUACGUCCUCGAGAGGAACGCGAUUCUGUGAUAAUAAACCGACUGCUUACGCAUUACACCAACAACUUUGGUUAUCAAAAUAAUUCCGGCGGUAUAAUGAUCGUUCGUGACGAAACCACCCGCAAGUCGAGAGUCGAACGCUUUGCUGACCAGAAAUCGAGAGCUGAAUUUACUGCGCGCAUAGGAAUAAAGGGCAAUAAACUGCAGAAACACUAUAGACCUCAAAUUUUGUAG